AUAUCUUUUGAGCAAAAAUGGAAAUUUCUGGAGCAGGUGGUUUGUUCUCAACUUAUUCAAUUUGUAGUAAUGCUGCUGGAAUUGCUGGAAACCUAUGUGCAUUUGUUUUAUUUGUAUCACCAAUACCAACAUUCAGUAGGAUCAUCAGAAACAAGUCAACAGAACAAUUUUCUGGGCUGCCUUAUAUAUAUGCCUUGUUGAAUUGCUUAAUAUGUCUGUGGUAUGGAACACCAAUUGUAUCUCCUGGUAUUAUAUUGGUUUUUACGGUUAAUUCCGUCGGAGCGGUUUUUCAGUUGGCUUAUAUACUCAUAUUCAUCAUUUACGCAGAGAGAACGAAAAAGUUGAAGAUGUUGGGACUGUUGUUUGGUGUGUUUGCUGCAUUUGCUGCUGUGGUUUCUAUCAGCAUCUGUCUAUUUCAACCUCCAAAUCGACAAACUUUCGUUGGAUAUUUGUCUGUUAUCUCUCUCAUCUCCAUGUUUGCUUCUCCGUUGUUCAUCAUUAAUUUGGUGAUCAGAACAAGAAGUGUUGAGUAUAUGCCGUUCUAUCUAUCCCUUGCAACUUUUCUAAUGAGCCUUUCUUUCUUUGCUUAUGGAAUGUUUAAGCAAGAUCCAUUUAUCUAUGUUCCAAAUGGGAUAGGAGGAGUUCUUGGGAUCAUACAGCUAGUCUUAUACUGGAGAUACAGCAGACCUAAUGAGGAGCCAACAAGACCUCUCUUGGAGUCCAAUGCAUGAAAAAAUUAUGACCGAGCGGAAAAUACUGGCUCGCAUCCAAUGUUUACACCAAACUAAAUAUAGUUUGUAUACGAGACAUAUGUCUUGUAUCAUAGAUUUGGUAUAAACACCAGGCUUGGCUUAUCCUUUUCACAUCGAAAAGUAGUCCAAAAAUUGUUUUUACUGUUGUCAUUCUUUUGGUUGGUAUAAUUUUCCAUUUGUGUUUUGUUA